GGAAGCAUCAGGCGUACAAACACGACUGAUAACAGGUUAAACUAGUUUGAGGACUUUUUUUUAAAAAAAUUUUUUAAAAAAACCCAACGCAUUUUCCUCGGAUAUGUCUCAGUAUGCACUGAGGAGAUUAGCUACAGAAUAUUGUAGUUUCAACACAUUUGUGAAUAUCAGGACAUUUUUGCGACUGCAGGAGAGAAACCUGUCCGGUUCCAGUGAAGUGAAGGACGCUGGGAAAAACGCGUUCGACGUUUCUUUACUCGAGUUUCUUGUGUGUCCUCUGUCUAAGAAACCUCUCAGAUACGAGGAAACAACAAACGAACUAAUCAACGAAGAGCUUGGUAUUGCGUAUCCCGUAGUAGAUGGCAUCCCGAAUAUGAUUCCUCAGGAUGCACGCCUGAUCAAGCAGACUGAAGGAGCUGAAAAACCGACUCAGACUUGA